GAAAAAAAAGGAAAUCAACGUUUCUUCGGUAGGGGGCCAGCUGGACGGGGCAGAAGGAUAAUUGUAGUUAGGAUCCAAUGUCAUCAAAUGGAGAGCGAGUGCAUUGUUGCUUUGAUUGAAUAAAUAAUAGAACAAUAAUAUUGAUGGGUGGUGUUGCAGAGAGUGUGAUCAAUGUCUAUAGCGAGCAUCUACUCCGGGAAGUAGUAUUUUUUUCAUGUUGAAUAUAUGUUACAAUGGACUUGUGACAGUGGUGUGCAAAUGGUGAUUUUAUAAAGAAUGGCAGGGCGACGUUUAGUCUUAACAAACGCCGACUCCCUCGCUGGUGCUGCUACGCAAGAUCCAUUGAGGGAAUUAUUUGAGGCAUGUAAGAAUGGUGAUUUGGCGAAAGUUAAGAAAUUAGUCAAUCCAAAGACUGUCAAUGCACGGGAUACGGCUGGACGUAAGUCAACCCCUCUGCAUUUUGCAGCUGGGUAUGGGAGGAGGGAGCUGGUCGAGUUCCUAAUCUCAGCUGGUGCCUCCAUUCAAGCUAGAGAUGACGGUGGCCUCCAUCCUCUUCAUAAUGCUUGCUCCUUUGGCCAUUCGGAUGUUGUUAGACUGCUCCUAGAAGCUGGGGCUAAUCCCAACACUAGGGAUAAUUGGAAUUAUACGCCACUGCACGAGGCCGCUAUUAAGGGUAAAGUAGAUGUGUGCAUCGCGCUUCUGCAGCACGGCGCAGAUCCAAAUAUUCGUAAUACGGAAGGAAAAACCGCUCUCGAACUAGCGGACCCAGCAACAAAGCCAGUAUUAACGGGGGAGUACCGGAAAGACGAGUUGCUGGAGGCGGCCCGCUCAGGAAACGAGGAAAAACUUUUGCAGCUUCUCAACCCCCUUAACGUGAAUUGCCAUGCUAGCGACGGGCGUCGGUCCACCCCUCUGCAUCUCGCCGCGGGUUACAAUCGAGCUCGAGUCGUUCAAAUACUUCUGCAAAAUGGUGCAGAUGUCCAUGCGAAAGACAAAGGAGGUUUAGUUCCUCUCCACAAUGCGUGUUCCUAUGGACAUUUCGAGGUAACCGAAGCACUCCUAAAACAUGGAGCAGCGGUGAACGCGAGUGAUCUCUGGGCCUUCACUCCGUUACACGAAGGUGCAAGUAAAUCACGUGCCGAGGUAUGCUCGCUACUUCUCUCUGAAGGCGCCGAUCCAACACAACUGAACUGCCACAGCAAAUCCGCAAUCGACGUAGCCCCAACUCUAGAACUCCAAGAACGCUUAGCCUAUGAAUACAAAGGUCACUGUCUCUUAGAUGCAUGCAGACAAGCUGAUCCAACAAAGCUCAAAAAAUAUUUAUCUGCUGAUGUCGUCAAUUUUAAACAUCCUUAUGCAGGCGAUACGCCUCUGCACUGCGCUGUCGGUUCUCCUUAUCCCAAACGAAAACAGGUAAUUGAGGCUUUAAUUCGUAAAAAUGCAUCGUUGAAUGAAAAAAAUAAAGACUUCCUCACUCCACUCCAUAUAGCUACAGACCAUUCAUACUACGAUGCUAUGGAUGUCCUCCUAAGGCAUAAUGCUCGAGUGAAUGCAUUGGAUGGACUGGGACAAACAGCAUUACAUCGGUGCGCGAGGGAUGAUAACAUUCAGGCUGUUAGAAUUUUAUUAUCUUACAGCGUGGACCCAACAAUUGUUUCUUUACAGGGUUACACGGCAAGUCAAGUGGCUACUGAAAAUGUUUUGAAGAUAUUACAAAAUCCACCUAGUUGUACAGAGGAUGUUGAAGUACAGUUGCUUGAGGCCAGUAAAUCUGGAGAUUUAACUGCAGUGGAGAGAAUUCUUCAAGCAAAUCCUCAUGCGGUUAAUUGCCGAGAUUUGGAUGGAAGACACUCAACUCCGCUUCACUUUGCAGCGGGUUACAACCGGGUGCCUGUAGUCGAAUAUCUUUUAGCCAAUGGCGCCGAUGUUCAUGCUAAAGAUAAAGGUGGACUGGUUCCUCUACACAAUGCCUGCUCUUACGGACAUUACGAAGUCACGGAAUUGUUAGUUAAACAUGGAGCUUCGGUAAAUGUCGCUGACCUCUGGAAGUUCACUCCAUUGCAUGAGGCUGCAGCUAAGGGUAAAUGCGAAAUUGUUAGACUAUUGUUGAGACAUGGCGCUGAUGCUACAAAGAAGAACAGAGAUGGUGCGACUUCAUUAGAUCUUGUCAGAGAAGGGGAUCAAGAUGUUGCAGAUUUAUUGCGAGGAAACAGCGCUCUCCUGGACGCUGCCAAAAAAGGAAAUUUGGCUAGAGUCCAGAGAUUAGUAACUCAGGACAACAUAAACUGUCGGGAUGCUCAGGGUAGAAACAGCACUCCACUUCAUUUAGCUGCGGGUUACAAUAAUCUUGAAGUGGCUGAAUUCCUUUUGGAGCGCGGGGCUGACGUAAAUUCUCAAGAUAAAGGCGGAUUAAUUCCACUCCACAAUGCUUCAAGCUAUGGACAUUUGGACAUUGCUGCUUUAUUGAUUAAAUAUAGUACCGUGGUAAAUGCUACCGAUAAAUGGGGCUUCACACCUCUUCACGAAGCUGCUCAGAAGGGCAGGACUCAGCUGUGUGCACUGCUGUUGGCUCAUGGGGCAGAUCCCUUCUUGAAGAAUCAGGAGGGACAGAGCCCAGUCGAUCUAGCCAGUGCUGAUGAUGUCAGAUGCCUUCUACAGGAUGCAAUGGCUUCUCAACAGCUUGUGUCUUCAAUUCCAACAGCUUCUGGAGGUAAUGCAAAUGGAAAUAUAUCUGGUGGAAAGAGACCUCCGAGUAUUAUAUCGGUUCCUGUUGUUCCACCACCUACUUUAACCCAAGAAACAGUAAUCAUGCCCUCAGGCGCACAAAUGCUACUUUGUGUACCUGUGGCCAGGCCCACCACUUGUCUCAGUCCCAUGCCAUCCAUAGAGAAUGGUCAGGAAAAAGAGAAAGAUGCCUCCGAAGACAGAGGUUGUGCAGCUGUCACUACAGUCGCUGGAUUCUUGGCAAGCUUGGGACUGGAACAUCUGCUAGAGCUCUUUGAGAAGGAACACAUUACGCUGGAUAUCUUGGCUGAAAUGGGGCACGACGAUCUGAAACAGGUUGGAGUCUCAGCUUAUGGAUAUAGGCAUAAGUUGAUCAAAGGUAUGGAUAAGCUAUUGAGCUCGGCGGUAGGCUCAAUGUGGCAACCCGCUGUCAAUCCUGGAACACUAUUGGUGGAUUUGUUGGCUGAUGAUAAGGAGUACCUAGCUGUGGAGGAAGAGAUGCAGAGUACUAUCAGAGAACACAGAGAUAAUGGCCAUUCAGGAGGUAUCUUUGGGCGGUACAACAUUGUUAGGAUACAAAAAGUGCAGAAUCGGAAAUUGUGGGAGCGGUAUGCUCACCGUCGACAGGAAGUAGCAGAAGAGAUGAUAGCUGCAGGCCCUUCAUCACCUAGCACAGUAUCUAGACCUAUCUCGACCUCAACAUCGCCACAAGCUAACGAACGAAUGCUUUUUCAUGGAUCCUCAUUUAUAAAUGCAAUUGUUCAAAAGGGUUUUGAUGAGAGACACGCUUACAUCGGCGGUAUGUUUGGAGCUGGAAUUUACUUCGCUGAACACAGCAGUAAGAGUAAUCAGUAUGUCUACGGAAUUUGCGGGGGAACGGGCUGUCCUGCUCACAAGGAUCGCAGCUGUUACAUCUGUCACCGGCAUUUGCUGUUAUGCCGAGUGACUCUUGGCAAGUCAUUCUUGCAGUUUUCCGCUAUGAAAAUGGCGCAUGCACCGCCAGGUCAUCACAGUGUCAUGGGCAGACCGUCUCAGGGGGGACUAGUAUUUCCAGAAUAUGUGGUUUAUCGUGGAGAGCAAGCUUAUCCUGAGUAUCUAAUAACUUAUCAAAUCGUGAGGCCGCAGCAGGAGCCGGGGAGUAAUACUGAGGGAGUUCAGGAGCGGUGAUUGAAAGAGGUUGGCCCGGCCGCAAAACUACGACGAUUGUGUUGCUGCCAUAGGUCGAGGACCUGCAGUGCAUUAUCAUGAAUCAUAGAGAAAAAUGUAUAGUUCAGUAACUGUGUAAUGAAAUAAGAAAUCCAGUGUAAAAGCAUUUGCCAAUUGUGUUGCGAAUAUUUUUAAAAUAUGAAAGGUCUGUAGAAAAAAUGGUAAACCAUUUUUACGGAAGCCAAGCUUAAAAUCUUAAAAUAGAAAAAAGUCCAUCUGAUAGUAUUUUCGGAAACCUAUCAUGUUUAUGAUGACGCCAAAACUUAGGCACACGGAAUUUUGGCUUUGUCAAAUUAAAAGAGUGUCUUUGUAAAUGCAAGAAAGAUUUGCGUUUCGGGAAGAUAUGUCUGGUCUAUCUCAGAAUUUUUUGUAGAGUCCGGUGUAAAUAUAAUCUACGGCAAAAGUAUGUAAA